AUCCACGAGCUUCUGAAGAUUGUCGCAGAGACUUGGAUUCUUGGCCAUACCUCAAAAGAAAGACCGGGGGAAAGAAGGAAAUAGCAUCAUGUCGGAAGUGAGGACCGACGAACCCAUGGCGCCUGCGAGAGCUACAGCGCCAUCGCCAUCCCGCACUCCCCAACCUGCGACGCAGGCUCAGCAGUCUGCGGUGCUUGGCUCGACUGCUCAUCCACAGCAGCCAGUAUAUUCACAGUAUCCUUAUGCUCCACCUCAGUUUGUUCAACAGUCUCGAGUCAUACCAUACGACAAGACAUGGCAUUUGAUCAAGCUCGUUCUCAGGGCUGCGUCGCUGGUGUGUUGCGUUGUUUUGCUAGGCAUAUCCAUCGCUAUAUCCAUCGGCCCAGGAUACGAUGGUUGGAAUAUCACUAUAUACUGGGUUGCGCCUCUCGUUGCCGUGGCAGGCAUAUGGGACCUUGCGGAACUGAUAACCAUCCUCGCAUGUGGGAAACGCAACGGCGCACAGCACCGCCGAGGCAUACAUCCCGGCGCUCAUGUUGGUGUGGAACUAUGUAUCUGGCUAGCUGGCGUCUUUUGUGUCUUUGUGUCCGUCAUGGCAUAUUACUCCGCAGUUUCUCAACUACGUAACUGUCAGGAGGAACAGGAGGAUGGCCGUUCUUCGUCAAGCAGCUCCUAUUACUCGUAUUACUGUGACGAGGACGAAUGGGCCAUACUGUCGAAAGGUACAGUCGUUCCUAUACUUAGGGCCAUUGAAGCCUUCAUUGCCCUUUUGACGCUUGUGCACUUUAUCCUGUUUGUCUAUGCUUGCAUUGAGACGAACCAACGUAACAGGAGCCGCUCUCAGUACAUGAUGAUGCCGCCGCAGAUGUACUACGGCCCCCAACCCGGUAUGGCACCGUACGGCUACCCGACGAUGCCUCCUCAAGCAUACAUGGCUGCUCCUCAAGGUGCUUCCUCGAACGAGAAAUCGACUGCAGCCAUCCCACAGCCGCAAGGUAACCACUCCAACUUUGCCGGCUUCUACGCUCCCGCUGGAGCUACACCAGCGUAUCCACCGCAGCCUCAAGCCACACCAAAGGAGCCCAUAGCGGCCAGUAGCAGCGCAUAGCACUAGCAUCAAUGAUAUAAUUGUCUAUGGCUGCAUGCAUUUAGCGAAAAGGCGACGUUUUUGAUAGAUACCUAUUGUUUUCAGUAGAUAGCACAUACCACGUAAUGUAAUCUUAAAGAGCUUCACCCCGCAUCACGCCCUUCCCCGUCACGUAGAGUACCGCUGGUCUUACCGCGAUUACCCGAGAUCUCUUGACCCUUGGAAUGUGUCUGUGCUAUUACCAUGGUUGCCCAGAGUGCAGGCCACGGCUCG